GCAACAGUUCGGGGUCUUCUAGGACGAAACUGACAACUAGAAAUCUAAUCAUACUGACCUACAUGAGAUGUGGAUCCAGUUUCACUGGGAACAUCAUUCAAGAAAGCCCAGACGUGUUCUAUUUUUUCGAGCCAUUUCGUGACCUAAUGACUCACCUCGCAGACUUGCACACGCCAAGGACAGAUCCAGUCAAAGAAGAGGCAUUCCAACUUUACGUCCAGACAAUGAAGACCAUUCUCGGCUGUAGAUUUGAAGAUGUGGACAAUAUCACUCUACAGGUAGGGUCAGUUUGCCUUCUGUUGUUGU